CCUUAGCCACUGGGGGCCCUGAAGACAAUCAUUUCCUCCUUUUACCUUAAGUUGGCAACUAGCUGAAUAAGUUGACAACUGAUUCUCUGAGUUCAGAACUAGGGAUUCCUGAGCCUCUUCUCUAUCCCUUACCCUUCUCCAUACUGGCCAUAGUGCCAUGAAGGGUGCCAACACCCUGCUUAGGCUGCUCCUGCUCGAGAUCUUUCUUUGGGCCCUGACCUCAAGCUAUAAUCUAGAUACCAGCCAUCCCCAAAGCUUUUCCUUCCAAGAUGCAGGGAAUCAUUUUGGAUACCAGGUCCUGCAAGUUGGAAAUAGGGUCGUUGUGGGAGCUCCCGGUGAGGGGAACAAUACAGGGAACCUCUAUCAAUGUCAGCCAUCCACAGGACACUGCCAGCCAAUGGACCUUGGAGAUGCCAGUCUCACUUCCAAGUAUCUAGGCAUGACCUUGGCAACAGAUCCCACAGAUGGUCGCCUCAUGGCUUGUGACCCUGGACUGGCCAGGGAAUGUGAUCAAAACUACUAUUUGAGUGGCCUUUGCUAUAUCUUCUCCCCAAAUCUGGGCGGAUUCACACUUCGUGCUCGUCCUGGUUAUCAGGAAUGUCUAAAAGCAAAUGUAGAUUUGGUGUUCUUAUUCGACGGAUCUGAAAGCAUAACUAACAAGGACUUUAAGAAAAUCCUGGAAUUCAUGAAACAUGUGAUGACAAAACUGAGCAAUUCUUCAUUUCAUUUUGCAGCUGUCCAAUUCUCAACUGUCUCCCAGACUGAAUUCUACUUUUCCGAUUAUAUCAAGAAGAGAAACCCUGAUACCCUGCUAGCUAACGUCAGACAUAUGCAAGAACUUACCAACACCUUUGGUGGCAUCAAACAUGUUGUAAAGGAUGUGUUUAAUGUGAGUCAGGGUGCUCGACCUGAUGCUGUGCGAGUCAUGAUCAUCAUCACAGAUGGAGAUGCGACUGACAAUGGAGACAUUGAGGAAGCCAAGCUCAUCAUCCGCUAUGUGAUUGGGAUUGGGGGUGGAAUCCAAAACCCUGAAAAACUUAAAGACUUUGCCUCAACACCUAAGGAUGAUUUUGUAAAGAUUCUGGACACUUAUGACAAGCUUAAGGAUGUGUUUGGUGACCUGGAGAAAAAGAUUUAUGAUAUUGAAGGCACUAGUAAACAACUUAAUUCUUUCGAGAUGGAGCUGUCUUCCAGUGGGAUCAGUGCUGACUUUAAUAAGGGCCAAUGCGUGGUGGGAGCUGCUGGGGCUCUGGAUUGGGCCGGGGGGUUUAUAGACCUGAAGCAAGAUAUGAAGGAUGAAACCUUCGUGAGUAACCAACCUAGGAACCAGGAGGCAAAAAAUGGGUACUUGGGCUAUACAGUGACCUGGCUACUCUCCAAGGGAAAUAGGAAACUCUUGGCAGCUGGUGCUCCUCGAUAUCAGCAUGUAGGUCGGGUGCUACUCUUCCAAGAACCAGACAGCAAGUCUGGAGGAAAGUGGAACCAAGUCCAGAAGUUGGAAGGGACCCAGGUUGGCUCUUACUUUGGUGGGGUGUUAUGUGGGAUUGAUGUGGACCAAAAUGGGGAGAUGGAGCUGCUAUUGGUUGGAGCUCCCUUGUUCUACGGGGAGAGGAGAGGAGGUCGUGUUUUUGUUUACCAUAGGAAAGAGCUGACAUUCCAGAUGAUGAUGGAGCUUCAUGGGGAAACUGGACAUCCCUUAGGUCGUUUUGGAGCAGCCAUCUCUGCUCUGACUGAUAUUAAUGGGGAUGAUCUGACAGAUGUGGCUGUGGGAGCCCCACUGGAGAAGUGGGGGGCCAUUUACAUCUACAAUGGGAAGCUUGGUGGACUCAGUUCCCAGCCUAGUCAGCGCAUAGAGGGCACCCAGGUAUCCCCAGGACUUCAGUACUUUGGGAGAUCCAUCCAUGGUGUCAUGGACCUUGGAGGAGAUGGAUUGGUAGAUGUGCUAGUAGGGACUCAGGGCCAAGUGAUUAUGCUGAGCUCUCGUCCAGUCUUAGACAUCUUCUCUUCAUUGAACUUCUCUCCAAUGGAAAUCCCAGUGCAAGAAGCGGAGUGUUCCUAUCAGGGCAGUGCAAAAAGAUCUGGGGUCAAUAUCACUGUAUGUUUUGGGGUCAAGAACCUCACGCCCAAAUUCCUAGGGACCCUAGUAGCUAAUAUCACCUAUAUCCUACAACUGGAUGGACACCGGAUCAAAAGUCGGGGCUUUUUUCCUGGAGGAAAACAGGAGACUGGAGGGAACAUGAUUGUCACCCCAACGGGAUCCUCCUGCAUCCAACACUGGUUUAAUUUUCCUGUAUGCAUUGAGGAUUACAUCUCCCCCAUCAAUGUCUCCCUGAGCUAUUCUCUUCUUGAGGAUAAAUACAAUGGCUUCUCUGGAAAGAAAAUACAGCCGACAAUGAGACCCAUCCCACACUCAGAGUCCAAGGAGAUUCCUUUUGAGAAGAACUGUGGAGAUGACAAGCAGUGUGAGGCUGACCUGAAGCUGAACUUUCAUUCCAAUGGAUCUUCUGAGUUGCAGCUGGCCCCCUCAUCCAGCCUCUCUGCUGUUUUGGAGCUGAGUAAUGUUGGGGAAGAUGCCUACCGGGUUCACCUGAGUUUGACCCUUCCCCAGGGUCUCUCCUUCAGAAAAGUGUCCAUGCUCCAGAGUCGGGUCCCUGUGAAUUGUGAGGAAGGAAGCCUGGAGACUGCGCUAUCUUCUUGGGUUCUGUCCUGCAAUGUGAGCUCCCCAAUCUUAAAAGGAGGAAGUACGGUAUACAUCCAGAUGAUGUUUGACACCUUGUUGAACAGCUCCUGGGGGGACUUCCUGGAAAUGAAAGCAAACGUGAGCAGUGACAAUGAGGACUCCAUACUACUGAAGAACAACUUGGUGACCAAGAGGAUUCCCAUCCUGUUCCCUGUCAAAGUGAUGAUUGAAGACCAGGAAAACUCCACUCUGUACCUCAAUUUUACCUCCAAAGGUCCUAAGAUCCGCAAGGUGCAGCAUGUUUAUAAGGUGAAGACUCAGGCCUAUAAAAAUGCCCCACCUAUUCUGGAAUUCCUUGUCAUUAUUCCAAAAAGCCAGAUAAAAGAAUUCUCUACAAAGAACUGGACUGUUCAAACAGAACCCCUUGUACCCUGCCAUCUUGAGGACCCAAAGAAAUUGCUCCACUCCACUCAGACUCAUGUCUCAGAGGCUGUCUUCAGGUGUGUAGUUAAUUUCAGGGAAGUGACCUUGGUUCGAGUAAGCGGGAUGGUGGAAAUCACUGAAGAGAUCCAGGCCUCUUCCAUGUCCAGCCUAAGCAGCAACAUCUCUGUGAUCUUCAACUCUAGCAAAUACUAUCACCUCUAUGGCAAGGAGUCUGCCCAGUCCCAGGUUGUUACAAAGGUGGACAUUGUACAUGAGAAGAAUUCUCUCUACCUUUACGUGCUUAGUGGAAUUGGUGGCUUACUCCUCUUGCUGUUGAUUUUUGGAGUACUCUACAAGAUUGGCUUCUUCAAAAGGGGCCUUAAAGAGAAGAUGGAAGCUAAUGGUGCAAUUCCGGAUGGAACCAUGGAUGAAGCCUCGGACCCCACUGCCACCACUGAGCCAGGCUGCACAGAGCCCCUUAACCCCAGGGAAGGGAAAGAUGAAGGCUCUGCUGAGCCAGGAUGCACAGAGCCCCUUAACCCCGGGGAAGGGAAAGAUGAAGGCUCUGCUGAGCCAGGAUGCACAGAGCCCCUUAAGUCGGAGGAAGGAGAAGAUGAAGGCUAUGCCUACUGAGACCUGAACUGUAUGGAACACCUGGGGGUCCUAGGGCCCCAAAGCCAGAAAAAGCCCAGGGCUGGUAAUCAAGAAUCCUGACCUGGUGUUAGCAUGGCCGUCAACUUAUGCAGCUUUAUACAAGCCUCCCUAGGCUUCUCCUCCCUGAACGUUAAUUCUCCAAUCUGUGAAAUGGGAAUAAAUAAUAUCUGUCCUGCUUCAUAGGGAGGUUGUGAAGAUCUGAAGUGGUAAUGUAUAUGAAAGAACUUUGGAAAGUCCUCCAAAUUCAUUCAGCAAACACAGAACCUGUGAUAUCUAAGGUACGAGGUGUGGGGGGGGGAGAUCCCCAAAUAAAUAACCCUGUCUUGAAA